AUUGUUGAUAAUUUAAAAUGUUUAGCCCUAGUAUUUAGAUAAAAGUUUAUUGUUAUAAUACUGUUACUCUCAUUUCCCCAUGAUUUAAGUGAAUUAUAAAAAUUUGUAAUAAUUUAUAUUUAAUUAGAAUUUUUUUAAUUUACUUUUAUUUGAUUGUUUUUUAUUUUGUGUUCGAUGUGUUUGCAAUGAACGGUAUGACGUUCAGUGAAUUAAUGUAUUUGUUUUGUUGCCCGCCCUUACCAUCGCGUAUAGCUUCCAAGCUAGCAUUCCUGCCUCCACCAUCUACUUACGACUUUACCCCUGUAGAAAGUGGUGAGAGUAAAUAUCAUAUUAAGUUUAAUGACAAGGCUGAAUGGCAAUAUACCGAUAGUGAUGUUCAAAACAUUGAAGGGUUUUAUGCACGUACAUCUCGUGGAAAUCGUAUUGCAUGUAUAUUUGUUCGAUGUUGCCCUAAUGCCCGCUAUACUAUAUUGUUUUCACAUGGUAAUGCUGUUGACCUAGGGCAAAUGAGCAGUUUCUACUUAGGGUUAGGUAUGCGGAUUAACUGCAAUAUUUUCAGCUAUGAUUACUCUGGAUAUGGAAUCAGUAAUGGCAAACCAAGCGAAAGAAACUUGUAUGCAGAUAUUGAUGCUGCAUGGCAGACGUUAAGAACAAGUUAUGGCAUAAGCCCUGAAAAUAUUAUUCUAUAUGGCCAAAGUAUUGGUACUGUUCCAACUGUUGAUUUAGCAUCCAGGUAUGAAGUAGGUGCUGUUGUCUUGCAUUCACCAUUGACUUCUGGCAUUAAAGUAGCAUUCCCAAGAUCUAAAAGGAAGUGGUUCUUUGAUGUAUUUACAAGUAUUGAUAAAGUCUCAGAAGUUAACUCUCCAGUACUUGUAAUUCAUGGAACUCAUGAUGAAGUCAUUGAUUUUUCACAUGGUGUAGCAAUUUAUGAAAAAUGUCCUAAAGCAGUUCCUCCCCUUUGGGUUGAGGGUGCUGGGCAUAAUGAUGUAGAACUCCAUAAUGUUUAUUUAGAAAGAUUAAAACAAUUUGUAUCUACUGAAUUGCUCAAUUGACAUUUAAUUGAGAUAAAAGAUGCAAUCACAUCUAAUCGACAAUCGCCAAUGCCUAUGACAAAUGGUUCAGCGACUGAAAAAUUGCUUUGGUAAAGAAUAUUCUAAAAAAAUUAUAUUUUACAUGAAAUAUUUUGUAUCAUAUUUAUUACACUAUUCUUUCAUGUAAUUUUUAUUAUAUUUAAAACUCCAAUUAUGUAAAAUAUAUGUUUUAAUUUUAUUUAUCAUUUGCUUCAUUGUUUUAGGUUAUAACUUAACCUAUAUAUAACACAUAAAAAUGUAAACGUAUUUAUAAAAUUUUAACUAAUAAUUAUACUUAAGAUAUACCUACAGGGUGAAUUAUUUAAUAUUCGACCCUCAAUUUCUCAAGAAAUAAUAAUUAUGUUAAGGAAAUUAAUGUAGUAUUUUUUAUUUUCAUAUAUUUCUAGUUUAAUCAAUUAUUAAGUAUUUUUUUAAUUCAUCUCUUAUACCUUAUAAAGGUGUCAAAUUAGUUUUUAUUUUAUAACAACAUACAUAUUUAAUUAGCUUAUAGAUUGUAAAAUAAUAUAAAAAAAUGACUGGUCGAUAACAAUAUUUGACCCAAUACUUUGUAAGUUAUAACUAUUUUAAAAUGUAAAAUGGAAGUAAGGUAUUGAUUAUGUUAAUUUUAUCUUUACAUGUUAAACUGCUACGCUUUUUCUCCACUCUAUAUUUAAAAAUGUCAAUAACUUCCCGAGUGCUAGUUUAAAAGUUGUUAUCGACCUCUUUUUUCUUAAUUAUAUAUUUUAUAAGCUUGUCAAAUAUGUAUUCUGUCAUUGAAAAAAAUAAUACUGAAACCCUUAUAAGGCAUAAAAGAUGUAUUAAUAACAUUUAAUAAUUAAUGUAUCAAGAAUAUAUGAAAAUAAAAAAAAAACAAAAAUAAUUAUCUUAAUAUGAUUAUUAUUUUAAGAGAAAUCAAGUGGCUAAUAUUAUAAAAAUCGCUUUGUUAAUAUAUAUAAUUUUUAUAUAUGUACCUUUCUUUUUGUACAAUAUAUAAUAAUAUUUCUAAACAUAUGAAGUAUAAAAAUUUUAUAUUGAUUUUAUUAUAAAGUAUUAUAUUAGGAUUUUUUUUUAUAACUAUUAUUAAUAAUUUUAAAGUUAAUGUAUUAUUAUACUACUACAGUUUAAUUGCCGUUAAUGGAAAACCGAAUUUAUAUUUUUAUUUGUUUGUAAAAUAGUAAUAAUUAAAAAUUUUGAAUGAAAUAUAGGUAGAAAAAUUGUAAUCUAAAAUAAUUGGUUUUAUAUUUGAAUUGAACAUAUUAUUGAUUUCAAACUAAAAAUUUCAUUUCUUUUGAACUAAUAUAACUGUUUUCAUUUCUUAUUGUAAGUUAAUUUAUGUUGUAAGAUGAACAAAUAAAUUGUUGUUUUUUAAGUCAAUGUUUUAAACAUUUACAUUUAUAUAGAAAUUUUAUAAAAUGAAUCAUUUUAUUGUAUUAUAUUUAUACAUACAUUUUUAUUUUAUUAUUGGUAUAUAAUUAUUACAAUUAUACCUAUUAAUUUUAAGUUUUAUUUUUUUUAUUAUGAUCUUAUAAUAAAUUAUAUGUACUUCCUUUUUAUAAUACUAUAUUAAAUGAACUCUGUAAAUACAUAUUAUUUAA